AUGACCGUAUCAACGGAAGCCGCCCAUCAAGAGGUUGAGCGUGCGUCUCUCGACAAGCACUGCUAUCUCUUUGGCCAGAAAAUCACCCACUCUCUGUCUCCGUUUCUUCAUCAAGUCAUCUACGACCAUCUUAACCUCCGCUGGGCUCAGCUCCGCCUCGACUCAUCAGACCUACGGCUAUUUCUAGACUUGAUUCAGCACCCAUCAUGCUACGGUGCAUCCGUUACAAUGCCCAACAAGGUAGCGAUUCUGCCGUACCUCGACGAAAUGACAGACGAGUGCCGUGAUGUGGGAGCCUGCAACACAGUCUACUUCAAGGAACGAGAUGGGCAGCGGAUAUUGUGUGGCACAAACACAGAUGUCAUCGGCAUCCGCGACUCUUUCCUCUACAACGUCAAGGACCCAGCAUCGACAUACCACGACAGACCUGCUCUCGUCAUUGGCGGCGGAGGGGCCGCACGCAGUGCCAUCUAUGCGCUGAGAAAGUGGAUGAAGGUCAAAGAGAUAUACCUCGUGAAUCGCGAUGCGUCCGAGGUCGAAGCCGUCAUUCGAGACUGCACAUCCAGAGGCUACGGAAACGGUCUCUUACACGUUGCCACGGUCGAGCAGGCUAUGGAAGCUGAGGGGCCCGGUGCUAUCGUUGCAUGCAUACCGGAUUUGGCACCGCGAACGAGCGGCGAGGUACUAGCAAGGAGGAUUACGGAAAUACUGCUGGACAAGAAGCACAAGGGCGCAAUGCUUGAGAUGUGCUAUAACCCUACGCCGUUUACUGCUUUGGGGAUGCUUGCGGAGAGAAAAGGCUGGACGGUCAUUCUGGGAACUGAGGCGCUGAUAUGGCAGGGGCUGGAGCAAGACACGUACUGGACAGGGAAUACGAUUGAUGCCCUGCCAGCCGAGAAGGUGAAGGCGGCUAUCGCGGAAAUUGUAGCACAUAGAGCACAAGCAAAGCUGUAG